UGGCACUCCUGUGAUCAGCAGCAAGCUCCUAGACCUGACAUCAUGGUGAACUUCACUGCUGAGGAAAAGGGUCUCGUCAAUGGCCUGUGGAGUAAGGUGAAUGUGGAAGAUAUUGGUGGUGAAGCCUUGGGAAGGCUUCUCGUUGUGUACCCAUGGACCCAGAGAUUCUUUGACAGCUUCGGGAACUUGUCCUCUGCCUCUGCCAUAAUGGGCAACCCAAGGGUCAAAGCCCAUGGCAAGAAGGUACUGACUUCUCUUGGAGAAGCCAUUAAGAACCUAGACAACCUCAAGUCUGCCUUGGCUAAGCUCAGUGAGCUGCACUGUGACAAGCUACAUGUGGAUCCUGAGAACUUCAAGCUCUUGGGCAAUGUGUUGGUGAUUGUUUUGGCUGGUCACUUCGGCAAGGAAUUCACGCCUGAGAUGCAGGCUGCCUGGCAGAAGGUGGUGGCUGGGGUGGCCAACGCUCUGUCCCACAAGUACCACUGAUCCCUCUACCUGUCCAGCAAUCCUGUGUGUCCCCUACUAUAUCUUUCUGCACAUGAGAAAUGGACUGAUCCUUGAGAACACAGAUUGUUUAAUAAAGAUCAUUCAUCCCAGUAAUCAAAAA